AUGAUAAAGUUAGUCUUAUGCUGUUUAUUACAACUACGUGAAUUCUUGCAAUAUGUGGGAGAGGGAUGCCCAAGCCGUGGGCUAUAUGUACAAGAGGAUAAUUAUGUAUCUCCUGAUAAUAUACCCUUUAAACUUAAAUUGAUUUCUCUCACUGACGUGGUGGAAAUGAAUGCUUUGGUAGAAAUAAAGUCUGAACUUUUACAAUACGAAAAUUCAUAUUUAGAACGGUAUCUCACCUUUGAACACUAUUACAUUGCGAAAGUCAAGGAUAAGGAAAAAUCCUAUGCUUUUGGCAGUAUUGAUAUUAAACCUAAGAAUACUCUUUUUGACGGAAUAAUAUACGUUGAUGGCAAGUUAAAUUUUAUAGAAGGAGGGCACACUUGGGAAUCGUUCAAUUCGAGAGGUCAAUUGGUUAAAAGUGCGCUCUCUCAAAAAUGGGGGAUGAGGAAAUGGGUAGAGAACAGGAAAUACUUGUAUUACACGGAAGACGAUGUAAUACCCUUGUCGCAUGUUAACGAUUAUAUAAAGGUACCAUUUACUAAGCCGAGUUUUAUUGAAGAAUGGAAACAUCAAGUGGAGGUGGCAAAUCAAUUGAAAUAUACUAAAGAAUGGUACAAUAAUAGAACUAACAUUAAAAAGGUGUGCAGAAUUAAUGUAUUCUUGGAUUCGCCAUGCAUGGAAAAGGUUUUCCAGUAUAAUAUCAAGAAAGCCAUACACGAAGUUAUAAUUCUAUACGGAUCCCUGGAUUUUCUUUACCGAAUCAUUGAUUUUGCCGGUAUUGGGAAACCUAACCAUUUUGGUUUUCAAAUAGCCAAGAUAACGGUAGUCAUGAUAAAGGAUGAUCGUAAACUUAGGAAACGUCAGACAAUCUCGGAAGACUAUAUAUAUAUAAAAUACAUAUCUUCAAUAAGUUUAGGAGAUAAUGCGUGUUUAGGCAUCAGCUCCACAUUUAGAAAUUUUGGCACAGUUAUGGGGAAGGCCUACCAGGGUACAGAAGAUUAUGGAAUAUUCAUGGACGAUAGUGCUAAAAAGCCUAAAAAUUUAAAUAUGGUAUUCGUAAAUUAUAGACACCCCGUUACGGAGGGAAUAUUGGCAAGAGGUUUCGUCCUCCAUAACUUAGCCCACGAGGUAGGCCACUCUUUUGGAGCCCUUCACGAAGGAGAACUCAAUUGUACUCCGAGCUCAAAUUUAUUGAUGCAAGAAACUGUAGGCAGAAUCACUGAAUUCAACAAAUACAAAUUUAGCCCAUGCAAUGUUGAUUUAAUGAAAAAGUUGAUCGAAACGCGAAUGAACAAUUUUAUGCACUGUAAACAUUUAUUGAGUGUUUAUUAUGAUAGCAUUGAUUAUUCGAGAAUUUAA